AUGUCCAGGACUUUACUCUCUGGUUUCGGCAACGAAGCGCCACAUCAGUCGACAAUUUCCCGUAGUCUUAGCGAAGAUCCCAGGGUGGGUGCACCAAGAACGGCAGUUACCCAGGAAAACGUCAAUGCUGUGCGCAAACUCAUCAUUGAAGAUAGACAUGUGACAUAUCGUGAGAUUGAGGCGUCCUUGAAGAUCUUAAAGACCUCAAUUCAAAAAAAUUUACAUGAAGAAUUAGGAAAAGCAGCCAGGGUUAAUUGGUGUCAAAAAACGCUUGAUUGUUUCAAUUCCGGAAACUCAAAAAAUGUGUACAGCAUUGUUGGUGGUGACGAAUCGUGGAUUUUCUGUUAUGAACCAGAAAAUAAACAACAGUCGACUAUAUUUGUGUCAAAAGCGGGUCAUAUUGCAACAAUUCCUCUUAAUGAGCAAAGAACUGCUACUGCGGAUUGGUAUACCAUCAUUUGUUUGCCAAAAGUCAUCACCGAGCUUCGAAAAAUCAAUCGCGAAAGAAGAAUCAUCCUCCACCAAGGCAAUGCAAGCUCAGCCCAAAAAACAAGGCAGUAUUUAGCGGAAGAAAACGCGGAAUUAUUGGACCAUCCUCCAUAUAGUCCCGAUCUAAGUCCUAACGAUAUCUUUACUUUCCCAAAAAUUAAAAACAGACUGCGUGGUCAAAGGUUCCAGUCACCAGAAAAAGCAGUUGACGCAUUCAAAAAUGCCGUUUUGGAUCUGCUAGCAAACGAGUGGAAUAAGUGCUUCGAAAAUUGGUUCGAACGCAUGCAGAUGUGUAUUAAUCGUCGUGGAGAAUACUUAGAAAAACAAUAA